AUGGCCGUCCAAGACGGAAAACGGUUUGAGAGAGAAGACAGUGUGUACACUGACGAGGCGGACAAGGUUGAGCUGAGAAGAAGCCCGGAAUAUUCGGUAGGAGGGAUCAUAGGGCGGGACGAUGCUGUCGGCGUCACCAAACUCAAAGAAGGCCUCGCCAUCCUCGCCGGCGCCAAAGUUGUCGUGCUCGUUGAUCUUGGCAUUCUCGGGCAGCUCGCCGUACGACUUGAGCGUGCGGGCCUCGUCGGCCGUGUACUUGAGGAUGACGUCGCCCUUGUUGUCUUGGAAAUCACGCAGCGAGAGGAGGAUGAUGUCGCCCUGGUUGAUCCAGACCUUUUUGCGCAUUUUACCGCGAAUCUGGGAAUGUUAGUAUUGGAAAGAGAUGAAUGUGUAUGCGAGCCUGGAGGGGGCGCGUCUGCAGAUUUAUGUCGUGGUGCUGCUAUGCAGAGAGAGAGCCACGAAACUGAGGGAGGGGAAUACUGCAGACGUCGCGUCCAUCCAGGUCACAGGAAUAUAAAAAACCAUCUUCAGGACCUGGGCGUACUCCUGACCGUCCUCCUUGAAGGUGAGUUCUCGACGCUGGUCAUCGUUUUCCUUGGUACCACGACGGCGGUUCUUGCCACCCUACGUGUAGCUGAGAGUGCUACCAUGUCCCUUCGCGAACCCAUGGCGGGGGCGGGGAAGAAGCGCCCGCCACCGAGGGGUUUGGUUUUUGCGCGUGCAGGGUAUCGCAUCUUGAAGUCUGGGUGCUAUACCGGUGUUUCUGUUUGGAAGAAAACGAGAGGGUCGCAACAGGCGUUGUUUGUGAUGAUGUUUUUUGUGUGCAAGGAGGAGUGGGCAGGUGGGCAGCCAUUUAUUAUCUGCUUCCCUCCCUCCCUCACUGGCUGUGCGCUGUGCGCUGCGGCCACACGGUAA